AGCAAUGGAGCUUCAACUUGUACUUGUCAAGAUGUUGUUUUCCCUUGCUUUGCUUGGUUUUCUCAGCUUGUUUUUGCAUCUCUACAGGGUUCUUUUGUUAAACCCACAGUUGCUUCGAUCCAGACUUGAAAAGCAAAGGAUCAAAGGUCCUCCCCCUACCUUUAUCUUUGGAAAUGUUCCAGAGAUGAAGAGGAUGCAAAAUUCCAAAUCAACAGCAUUGGUGGCUUCAAACAAGGAAAAGCUAUCUCAUGAUUUUGCUUCUACCAUCUUCCCUUGUUUCGAGAAAUGGAGAAAGGAAUAUGGUGAUUUGUUCACGUUUUCCCUUGGAAAUCUACAAAUAUUGUAUGUGACAAACCCUUAUCUGGCCAAGGAAAUGACCCUUUGUUCAUCCAUGAGCUUGGGGAAGCCUGGAUACCUACAAUAUGAAUUUGGGCCUUUGCUUGGGAGGGGCAUUUUGACGUCAAAUGGAUCAAUCUGGUCUCACCAGAGAAAAACCAUAGCUCCGGAGUUAUCCAUGGAUAAGGUUAAGGGAAUGGUGAACUUAAUGGUGGAGUCUGCAAGCUCAGUAGUGAAAGAAUGGCAAGGGAGAAUUCAAAGUGAAGGAGGAGUUGCAGAGAUAGGAGUUGAUGAGGACAUGACCCGCAUUUCUGCACUUAUAAUCUCCAAAUUUAUGUUUGGCAGCAGCUUCUCCAAAGCACUUGAUAUAAUUUCAAAGCUCAAAGACAUACAAAAUGCCUUGACUAUGUCAACCAUUCUUAAAGGGAUUCCCGGCUAUAGAUACAUUCCAACUGAGAACAACAGAAAAAUAUGGAAACUAGAGAAAGAGGUCCGUUCAAUGAUCUUAAAGAUUGUAAAGGAACGAGUAGCAGAAGAUAAACCUGGGCAAGAUUUAUUACAGAUGAUAAUUGAGGGUGCAGAGGAUGGUAGUCUAGGCGGUCCAUAUACUGCAGAAGAUUUCAUCCUCGACAAUUGCAAGAACGUCUACUUUGCUGGGCUUGAAACCACUGCAAUUACAGCCUUGUGGUGCUUCAUCUUGCUGGCUUCACAUCCUGAAUGGCAAGAUCGUUGCCGUGCUGAGAUACUAGAAAUUAGUGGAGGAUGCCUACCAGACGUAGAUAUGCUUCGCAAGAUGAAAACGACAACAAUGGUGAUUCAAGAGGUGCUGCGUCUUUAUCCACCAAGCUUGUUGCUGUCCAGAGAAGUUCUGCAAGAUAUCAAGUUGGGAGAAAUUCUUGUGCCCAAAAGCGUCAACAUUUGGCUCUCGGUGCAUGCAUUACACCGAGACCCUGAACUUUGGGGACCUGAUGCCUGCAAUUUUAAUCCUGAGAGGUUUGCUAAUGGAGUUGCAGGUGCAUGCAAGCUUCCACAAACUUACUUGGCAUUUGGCAUGGGGUCUCGGAUUUGUGCGGGGCAGAACUUUGCCAUGAUGGAACUGAAGAUCAUCCUCGCCCUCAUCCUAUCAAACUUCUCCUUCUCACUCUCUCCAAAGUACCAUCACUCCCCUGUGUUUAAAAUUAUCAUACAGCCUGGUGAUGAAGUGAAGCUUAUUGUGAGGAAGGUUUGAGUCUUGUAUCUAGUUUUAGUAAUAAAUAUUAGAAAAAGGGGUAGACAUAUAGUUUCUUUUGGUAAUAGUUGUAAUGGGUAAUAUAUAUUUUGUAUUUAUCUAAAA